UCCUCAUUGGCCGGUUCAAUAGUCGCGGGUUACUUGAACCGCGAGAGCAGCACCGCGGCGCGAGACUUAGCGGCCCCGGGAGUGGGCACACGUCGCGCCAAGGCCCGCUCGCCCUCUCCCCCUUCCCUCCGCGGGCAGCGGGGCCGCCCGCUCCGGCCCGGCCCGGCGGCGCGAUGAUGUUCGCGGAGCAGGAGAACCAGGAGAACGUCCCGCCCGGGGGCAAAGCGGCGCCGCCGCCCGCCGCCGCCGCCCGCGUGGCGCUGGGGCUGCUGCAGGGCCCCGCGGCGCGGGCCGGGCCGCCGCCGCCGCAGGCAAGUGCGGAGGGCGCGGGGGGGGCGGGCGCGCGGGGCCGCCAUCUUGGCGCGGCGGAGCUGUCAGGGCGGCUGUCAGCGCCGGGCCGUGCUGACGGGCCGCCCCCUCAGGCGGCGCGGAGCGGCGGCGAGGGCCAUGCGGCGGCGCCGGGGCGGCCGGGCGGCAGCCAGCCGGCCUUCGCCAUCCAUGUGGACGAGCCCGACGGCGAGCGGCGGCGGCGGCGCGGCGCGGCGGCCGAGAAGGAGGCGGCGGCGGCGGCGCUAGGGCUGCGGGCGGCCGUGAGUGCCCUGGGCGAGCGGCGGCCGCUGGCGCCGCUGGGCAACAGCCUGGAGCUGAGCUGCGGCUCCCCCAGUAUCAUGGAUAUCUCGAUAUGCUCCGAGGCGGAGGAGGGAAGCCCCAGCGUCAACGACGUGCCCGACUAUGUCAGUGACAUCCACACGUACCUGCGGGAGAUGGAGGUGAAAUGCAAGCCUAAAAUGGGCUACAUGAAGAAGCAACCUGAUAUCACAAACAACAUGCGGGCCAUUCUCGUGGACUGGCUGGUAGAAGUUGGCGAAGAAUACAAAUUACAGAAUGAAACCCUGCACUUAGCUGUAAAUUACAUUGAUAGGUUUCUUUCUUCAAUGUCUGUUCUAAGAGGAAAACUUCAGCUUGUGGGUACUGCAGCUAUGCUGCUUGCAUCAAAGUUUGAAGAAAUCUACCCUCCUGAAGUAGCAGAGUUUGUCUACAUCACAGAUGAUACCUACACUAAGAAGCAAGUUCUAAGGAUGGAGCACUUAAUUUUGAAAGUUUUGUCAUUUGACUUGGCAGCUCCAACGAUCAACCAGUUCCUUACCCAGUAUUUCCUACAUGAGCAGACAAGUGCUAAAGUUGAGAGCUUAUCAAUGUAUCUUGGGGAGCUGAGUCUAAUUGAUGCUGAUCCUUAUCUGAAAUACCUGCCAUCAGUUAUUGCUGCUGCGGCAUUUCAUCUAGCAGGCUACACAAUCACUGGACAAACUUGGCCUGAAUCUCUGUGCAAAGUAACAGGCUACACCCUUGAAAACAUCAAGCCUUGCCUUGUGGACUUACACAAGACCUACCUCAAAGCAGCACAACACACGCAACAGUCGAUAAGGGAAAAAUACAAGAGCACAAAGUACCAUGGAGUAUCGCUCAUUGACCCACCAGAGACACUAAACUUGUUGUAAUAAUCAAGAGACUGAUCUUUUUAAAAGAUGUAUAUUACCUUUGCGAGAAAAUGAUGUACAGUUUUAAAUGGGGUUCAGAAAUCUAGAUGUGAUCAUUCAGAAUAUUAAUGCAGGUUUUGAUGAGCUUAAUUAUGAAGUUAGUUUUAUGUGGUUUUAAUGUAAAUCUUUUGUACAUGCAAUCUUGUUAAAAUAUUUAGCAGAAUUUUUUACAAAAACAUUCUCUUUGAGCACAGAAUUAACCAUGCAGACCAAGUGCAUGCCUGAGACUGCUUAUCUAAUUAUAGAACAAACAGUAAUAGCAGUGCAUUAAAGUAGGGCUUUUUCUCUUUCCAAGUGAGAGUGACUUGGACUCCACAGCAGUAUUUGUAGCAUUUUUCUACUGUCUAGUUUAAAUUGAGACUUAGUAUAGAUCCAAAAUGUGGCUUAACAGCUAUAAUACUGGAAGAAACCGCAUAGCUAUGAGGAGAACACCUUGCUGAAGUUAACUUCUGUGAGACUCUAGGAUGUGCUAGAUACUGGAAGCCUGGACUUCUACCUAACGUACUGCCCGAUCUCCAUCAGGUUAAAGGUUGAGUGUUCUACCGCAGGGACUGCAUGCCUCAAAGUAGUGUACCGGUUCGUACUUCUCUUCCUGUAUGUAGGAAAUGGUCUUGCUACAUGUAUUUUCCAGUCAAAGUGUAAAACAUACUAACGUAUUAGCUGCCCCAAAAGCCCAUCAAUGCCUACUAAAAAACUCUGAUCAUCAGUCUGCUUGCUUAGCACUUUGGUGGCAAGAUUAAACUGCAGCAAGGCAAACUGCUGCUGUGUGCUCAAGAGGAAGGAAGGAAGGAAGGAAUGCCUUUUGGCUUGGAUGGACUGUGUGCAGAAUGGUCCUGACUGUGUACAUCCCUAUCCCUUGAGAUGGGUUCCUCUGCAAGCAUGCAGCAAAAACAUAACCAACUUGUCUUAAUUUCUCUUAGUUACCAGAACUGCUACACAAAUUAGUGGCAAAUAAUCAGUGCUGGAUCAAAUGGACACUCACCUUCAACCUCUAUAAAUGGAGUGAUGUCCUGUACAUACAGUGCUUUGAAUGUAAAGCAGUGAAUGUAUGGGAGUGGAUUUCUAAAUGAGCCAUUUCCAGGUUAGCUAAUAAACAUCUUUACAUCUGAUGUUAGUGGUUUUGCUGAUACCUUAAAAAAACUGACAGUUAGUAGUAUUACCAUCAUAAAUUGGCAUUCAUUUCUAAAUCCUGGCAAGGACUGCCCUGUGAAACCUGUUCCUUUGUAACUUGAAGUUAGUUAAUAUAGGUGUGUGGCUAACCAAAGAGACAAACAGUACUAGUUGAAUUUUAUAUAUAAUGUGGAGCAGCUGGUGUGGUAUGGGCUAUAAAAAAGGAUAUCAGCAGCCUGCUAUCAAGCUGAUAAGCAUGUAUUUUGGUGAGAAAAUUCACAUGUCAACUCAGCAACUAAAAAUUUGCUGUUCUGCCUGCAUGUCUGCUAAACUCCAGCUCACCCCUGCUCAGUCUGUGGUCUGAGCCCUCCAAAACCCAACACAGUUAGCAGAACUUAAGUCUUGGCUUAUGAAGUUAAGCCAAAAGUAUGCAGCAGAGGGGCCACCUCUUUUGGCAGAUUUGAGUGUUUUAGGAUGUGUUUUGACAAAGUUUUAAUGUAUUCUAAUGUGUAAUGAAGAACCAUAUUUCAUUAGCGUUCCUUGUUCUCCAGUAGCCUUCAUUAGCUAAAUUGCAAUAGCUUGCCACUGAAAAGCUAAAAUUUUUUUUCAUUAAAACUACACGGUAUCAUGUCUGGUGCUUAGUAUUGGAAAUACUCUAACCUUAUAGGGGAAUGAGUUUGAAUAUACAUUAACACAUGUGCUUUUGCAUAGUUGCAACAUCAGUUGGUGACCUUUGAAGGUCAAAUGGAAAUGCUGAAUGGCCACUAUUUGAAGACCUAGAGCACAGUGCUCUUCCUGAGAAACUGGGUCCUGCCUUCUCCUUUUUGUGGCAGAUGUUGGGAUCUUUAAAGACCGCCAAGAAGUGCAAACAUAAGAGGAAUAACUUAAAGAAAGCUUAUGAAUUACUUUCCCCAGAAAAGAGCAAGAUACCAGUACUCAAGUGAAAGGCUUCAAUAGUUGACUGUAUUAAUUUACAGCUUAAUGAAAAGUCUCCUUGCUCUCUUUUGGACUAAGAAGUAUUGUUUCUAUAGCACAGAGAAUAAUGCUCCUUUGCUCCCUAAGCUUUGCUUUCAGCAUAUGGCAUCUGGUAUGACUUCCUGUAUGGCCUAAAAAAUGCUUCAGCAAUGGGCUGCCAUCUCAGCCUGGUAUGAGACUGUUCCUCCUGCCAUACUGACAGCUCUUGUUGCUUCAGUAAGUAACAUCCUUUUCCAUCUCUUCAGUUUCUACAGCUAGCAGGGGGAAUUUCUAGCUCUUGUCACAGAGCUUUGAACAAAAAAGCCUGGGUUGCACUGUACUACCAUUUUGUCUAUCCGGGGUAACUUCUCUCAUUCCUUUCAAAAGGAAAAACUAAGGAAAGUAGGGUAUGCACUAUCAUGUGUGGAAAUAACAGGAUCCCUAAAUAGAAGGGGAGAGAAACAGUUGCAAAGAAUACUGUUCUUCCUGAAGAAGUUGGAAGAAACUGAAUCUUCACUUGUUUUUGUGCUCCUAACAGCCCUUUCCAAUCAGAAGAACUAACACUAAGAAAAUACACUGGUUUAGCUCCUGAAGGAACAGGGUUUGUUUGUCUCUUUCUAAAAGAUCGCAACUUGAUUAAAGCCGAUAAUUAGCAAGGAGAUUCCCCCACACCCCCCUCAAGUUCUAAAACGGAUUCUGGGAUCCAGUAUCUGUGACAGCAACUUCUUUCCUGUUUGUAUUUCAUGAAAUACUGAGGUCACAUGUAAAAUAGUCCUACUUUGCUCUUGUACAUAUGUGUGUGUUUCUGAUUUGACUCAGUUUUCAAACAAAGCAGCUAGGACAUCUUGGAAACCUUUCCUUCUGCUUUGUUUUGCCUGAUUUUUAAAUUCAGAGCAUAAUUCUUGGACUAUGGUGCAAGAAGCAUUCCUGUUUGUUGCAUGUAAUAUUUAAUUAAACUUUAAAAAAAAAAAAAACGUA